AUGGAGCCGGAUUCCAAGCGACGGAAGACAGUGGAGCCCAACGGUGCCUCCUCUUGGGAAGUGCAGCCUGUUCUUUCAGAGCAGGAAUCACAGGGCAUCAGGCUCAUGCCGGUCUAUGCCGCCCCUGUCCUGGAUAAGAAAGAGACCUGUCGCCUGGUCAAAGAGAUCUCUGCUGUCUAUCCGUUGAGUGACUAUCCUCAUUUGAAACGUAUCCGGGCCUGUCUCUCUGCAGGCAGCUCCCACCCGCUGGAGAUGAUCUUAUGCCUUGCAGGCCUCAACGGAGAGCAGGCCGGCUUGCGGUCUCUCGCUGAACUCUUUCCCAGUGGCCAAGUAGACUUCUGUGGUUUGGGGAAACCUUUCUUGGUUCACGUGCCGGCCUGUGCGCCCUUGACUCGUCCCCAGUAUGAGGAAGCUGUGUCGCACUGGCCUGUCUCCUUCCACGAAAACAAGCGGAUCAGCCAAGCUUUGAAGGGCUGUCUUUUCUCCCCCCUGGAAAGGAAUCGCAUGCAGAGUUACAUGGAAUUGGCCAUCCAAGCAGCCCAGCAAGGAACGAGGCAGGGUAUGGAGCCCAUAGGAGCUGCUGUGGUCGACCCGGCCACUGGCCGAGUUCUGGCUGUUGGUCACGACUGUAGAGAGGGCUCCAACCCACUUCUCCAUGCUGCCAUGGUCUGCAUUGACUUGGUGGCUCACAGCCACGGAGGGGGAGCUUACAGCUUCAAAGAUUAUCCUGCUUGCACUUUUCUUUGUGCGGACAACACUGCCCAACCGCCUCCUUCUCUUGAGGAUGGCCUUCCGUACAUUUGCACCGGGUACGACAUAUACUUAACUCGGGAACCGUGCCUGAUGUGUGCCAUGGCGCUGGUGCACUCCCGCAUCCAGCGGGUCUUCUAUGGAGCGCCAUCCCCUCAGGGGGCCCUGGGCACAACACACCACAUCCACAGCCGGAAGGACCUCAAUCACCGCUAUGAAGUCUUCCGAGGCAUUCUGGAAGAUCAGUGCAAAUGUUUGUCGCGGCUUUACGAUCACAAGGAAUCAGCGUGA